AUGGACGAACUGGUACCUCUAGACCACAAGAUGUUUUGUUUCGGGUGGGCUUCUGUCCGAGCUUACGCUACCCUCUGUGUGCGAUUCUGGCUCGGCGGUGGCGUCUCUCGUCUUCUCUCCCGCAUGGUUUUCGGCAUGUUUUUCCUUUGA